AUGCACAUUCCGGGUCCAUUGAGGUUGCUUCGCUUGUCGAUGGGCAUCGCGAUGGCGGUGUCCGCGACGGGUGGAGCAUCUCUGCAUCUGCCUCGACGCAUUGCUCCCGACGCGUUGGUCGACAGGAGUCCGUCAAACAGCCACUGCUCCCGACAGUGCAUGACGAACCUCGUCACCGAGAUCCUGGAUUCCAUGGUGGCGCACAACCCGUACACCCUGCCGUUGGCAACGGUCUACAAGGCGACCGAAAACUCGCACCCGGCAGCGCUCGCCAUGAUGACGUCGUGGCGCACCAUCACCGAGGCAGGCGCGCCCAGGCUGCUGGCAAUCGACACCAAGAACGGCACGGCGUACUUCGCCCUGGACGUUAGCGAAGGCAACGACGCGAAGGAAACGAUCCUGCGGGGCCGAGUCAAGGUCGUCGACCGGCUGAUCACCGAGCUGGAGCUGUUCAUCAACCGCAACCGCGGCGACCACGGCUUCUCCUUCUCGGCCACGGAGCUUGCGACGAACUACGCGAAGUUGAUGUCGCCGCCGGCGAAUCGGAAGAAGGCGAGCCGGGACGCGUUGUAUGCCCUGAGCGAGGCCCUCUUCUCCUCGACCAGCAACUUGUCGGUCCCCAUCGGCGACGACUGCCAGUUCACCGAACUGGGCUGGAGAGUCAUCGACGCCGGGACGAACGGGAACGGUUCGACCACCCCGCUCGGUUGCAGCUGGCCCGCCGAUCACCCCACCGACGCGAACGCACGAGUGGCCCUGGUCGUCGACGAGGAGUUGGGCUUCGUUGUGACCAGCGGCAUUGUGCCGGGUACGGUCUACCCCUACUCGAACGUCUCCGCCUUCAUCCCGAACGCCAUGACUGCGGCGCAGGAAGCGCAGGUGGUGUGGAUGGAGGAGAUGGAAGCCAUGGGUGUUAUGCCGCUGCUAUCUCCCUUCGGAGCCACCGGUGACACUCUCGAAGUGCUCCAGUUCUACAAUGGCGCGCUCCAGGCCAUGCAGAUCAAUGUCUACCUAAGCGGCCCGAAUAUGACAUCGCCCUGGGUGUAA